AUGCAGUUCCCUACCUUCCUUGUCACCAUUUUCGCCAUCCUCACCGCGGCUUUGGCAGCUCCUGUCCUCGAACGCCGUGCCAAUGCACCUGUCUUCGCCAAACAAACAUACAACCAACUUUCGAUCUCUGGUGGCAGAGCUGGUAACGCGCAAGCGCAGGCUCUCGCCAAGUUUAGCGCGCUCAAUUUGAAUGACGCAAAGAACGUCGCGAAAGCCGAUUUGGAUUUCCUGAACAGUGUCAACCAGAUCGCCAACAAGGCAGAGACAGAGGCAUUUAAUCCUGCUAUUGAAAACGCGACCGGUGCUGCGAAGACCGCUCUCCAGAACGGGAAGAUCCAGAACAAGGUCCUUAAGCUCACUGCGACCAUCCUCAAACUGAAGGUUCAGGCAGCGCAAGGACAGAACGUGGUCGAUAAGCUUGCCGCGGAGCAGAAGAAACUGGACAACAAUAUCAAGCUUGACAAGGCUGCAGCUGGCCAGGCCGCUACAAAGCUCUCGUUCAACGCGUCAACCUAA